GAAGGUGGCCAAGUUCCUGGGCAAGGCGGUGACGGAGGAGGAGGUCGAGAGGCUGGCCGACCACUGCUCCUUCGGCAGCAUGAGCAAGAACAAAGCAGUUAACAAUGAAGAUAUCAUGGCACCAUCUUCAGAGCGUACCAAGAAUAUUAAAUUCAUGAGGAAAGGACAGGUGGGAGACUGGAAAAACCACCUGACGGAGGAGCAGGUCAAGGCCUUCAAAGCUUGGACUAUGAAGCACCUACAAGACUCUGAUUUCCCGUACUACAGGGACUAUGAGUAGUGCAUCUCGACAGGAAAUGGGAGA